AUGUUGACGCAAUGAAUCUUGAGUAGUUUUCAAAGCCAAAUUGCAAAUUAACAAGUUUCUCCAAACUAAUCGAGCCAUGCCUAACAAAAUGAAAUUUAUAAUCGCUUGUGCGCUACUCUUCAUAUCCAGAUCCCGCAGUGAAACUUGCACAGUGACAGAUUUUGCACGAGUCGCAGAAGUGAUCAAAAAUUGCUCUGAUAUAGUGCUUCACAACCUUGUAAUUCCAGGAGGUAUAACACUUAAACUGAACCUCCUUAAAGGAACCAAUUUGACAUUUAGCGGAAACACAACUUUCGAGUUCAGCAAUUGGGAUGGGCCCUUAGUUACAAUCAAUGGAACUGAAAUAAAUGUUCGAGGAGAAGAAGGUUCAGUGAUUGAUGGUCAGGGUCAACUUUAUUGGGAUGGAAAAGGAGGCAAUGGAACACCCAAACCACAACUGUAAACUGUAAAACUUUUUACCAUACAAGCAUUCAAUUCGGUUUUCCAUGACAUUGUGGUUUUAAAUAGCCCAAAAGACGUGGUACAAGUCACGAACUCAAUCAACGUUGAAUUAUUCAACUGGUUGAUAGACGAUGCCGCAGGAGAUAAAAACGUCGCUCCGGCCGGGCAGGAAGGACACCAUACUGAUGGAUUCGAUGUGUGGAAUUCCACCAAUAUUAUUAUCCGAGAUUCGGUCGUUUUUAAUCAAGACGACUGUUUAGCAAUUAGAUGCGGGGAGAAUAUAACUGCAUAUAGUUUGCGAUGCCACGGUAGCCACGGACUUAGCAUUUCAGUGGGAUUCAGCGCCGACGACAUUACAGUCAAUACUCUGAGAAAUAUCACAAUUCGAGAUUCGUAUUUGAACUCCGGCGCCAAUGGAAUACACAUUAAAACGCACAAUGAUGGUGGUCCUGGUUUGAUCUCCGGAGUAACUUACAGCAAUAUAACCUUUAACGACAUUGAAAAAUUUGGUGUACAAAUUCAGCAGAAUUAUCCGCGAGGAGAUGCAGUUGGAAAUGUUCCUAUUAAUGAUCUAACGUUCAUCGACGUUGGAGGAAAUGUGGCGAAUACCGGGGUACCUGUUUUCAUUUUAUGUGCAGAAGGCGCCUGCAAUAACUGGAUAUGGGAAAAUGUUCAAAUAGAAGGACAAAAUGAAAACAGUUGCAAUUACCAGCCAACUGGCUUUCAAUGCUGACCAAGCCCCCUAUGUCCAAAUGCAUAUUAGAUAUUGAUGUUUAUUGCGUGUUAAACUGAUAAUGUUUCCACUCCAGUACAGUUACAGUUUGUACAUGUAUAAUAAAUAAUGCUACAGUUAA